GGGAGCCGUGUGCUGGCGCGGCAGGAGGGGCAGCCCGGCCCCGGUGCCCUGCGCGGGGGCUGUCAACUGAAACCGCCGCAGCCGGUGCCCUCCGCGGCCGAUUGGGUUACGGUGCCCGGGUAGAGUUUGCCAUAGAAACCGGGCCGGGCGCUGCCGCCGGGAAACAGCCCAGAGCCGCGGCCGGAACUGCUGUGAUGGUCUCGCCCGCGCCGGGGGUCCCGCUGGCUGGAUCCCGGGCACCGCAGUCGCAGCCAUGCCAGCGACCAACCAGGGCUGGCCCGAGGCCUUCGGGUUCAAGAUAACGGGGACUGGUCCAUGCUACAUCCUCUGGGUGCAGGAAGGCAGCAGCGCAGCGGCAGCAGGGCUGCGGCCAGGGGAUGAGGUGCUGGAGAUCGAGGGGCAGCCCGUGUCCUCCCUGGGCUGCGCGGCGCUGCUGGCGCUGGCCCGGCGCUGCCCCAACGUGCCCCCCAGCAUCGGGGUGGUGUCGCGCCUGCAGCACCUCCACAUCCCCCCCGCUCCACGGGGAUGCUUCGGCUUCGAGCUGGCGAGCGGCAGCCCCCCAAGAGUGGCCGGGGUCAGCCCGGACUCUCCCGCUGCUGCCUGCGGGAUGGAGCCGGGGGAUCUCGUGCUGGAAGUCAAUGGGAUGCCGGUGAUGCUACCCGAGGCGGUGGCUGCCCUGGUGGGGUCCUGCCACGGGCGGUCCCUGCAGCUGGGGCUGCUGCGGCCGCAGCGUGGGGCUGGGACACGGGACCCCAUCCCCAGCGCUGAUGCCGUGCACCAGGAGAGGAGGCAGAAAGCGCAGGAGUUCAGCAGGAAGGUAAGGAUGGGCUGUGGGGCUCUGGGCACCUCUGCAGCAGGCACUGGAGAUCCCCACAUCCAGCCUUUGCAGCGUGCUGGGACAUGGGGAUGCUCCUGGCUUGGUCAUGGCAUUGAGCAGCAGAUGUGGGGCAUCAGCACCCAAGAGAAGGCUCUGACAACCACCUGUAUUUCAGUAGCCCCAUAGAGAACAGAUGGGUGCUGCAAAGGGCUUGGGGACCCUCUGGGUGCUGACCCCAAGGGCUUGUUCCUUUGCACUACAAGAGCAUGUGGAAGCCCACAGGGGCAGAUCCCCAUCUCCUGCAC